GUUCCUCAAGCACUUUUCCUUCUCACACUCACACUUUUAUUUUCUCCUGAACCCUGCACCUUCACCUCUUUCUUCACUAUCUUCGCUACCUUCAUCUCCCUCAUCCUUCUCUCUCCCUCUUCUUCUCUGCUUUUGCUUCUACUUCAUCUCCUGGUUGCGUUUUUAACGAAAUGGCUUGCGACAUCACCAUGAAUGAAACCCCUGUGGCCACACACCAGAACUACAUUCCUCGGAAUGCCGUUGAUCACAUCAACCCAUUCUUUUUCAAGAGUCACCACCAUGCCUAUGGUCAUAGCCACAGGCAUGGCCAUAGUCAUUACCACCAUCGACAAGAACAACAGCCUUCUCCUACUCCUUCUCCUAUCCCCUUAGAUUCUCAAUUGCAGACCCCUGUCCCAAGGCGUAUGUCUGCCCAGAUCGAUCCUUCUUCUUUGCCUGCUUCUUAUAGUACUCCUCCUGCUACUCCUCCUUUGACCUUAAAGGGCGAACAAACUUCUCCCCCUCCUACAGCCACUACUUCUACUACGACAGCUACUUCUGCUUCAAGUGUAGAGACCGAAUCAUUGGCAUGGUGUACUGCACGAGCAAGGAUCCCAACCCCCGACGGAUCCGAAUAUUUUUUACAUAUUUAUGAGAACAAACAGGAUAAGAAAGAACACUUGGCUUUCGUAUUUGGAGACAUUAUCCGUAGUCAGAGUCUUGAUCGAGUUCAACUUAACGAGACAGAAAUGGAUCGGAUGAAACGUGGAGCCUAUAGGGGACGUCUACCCAAUCUUGUUGAUCCAGACCAGGAUGUAUCCAUGGAGAUGGUUGAGACUGUAUCAGUCAUAUCUGCACCAGCAUUAGCAUCAACAUCAGCGUCAGUAUCGGUAUCAACAGCAGUGGUGACGGCAAGCAUAGCCACAACAUCAGCAGUAACAACACAGGCUCCCUUGGUCCGAAUUCACUCAGAAUGUUUCACAGGAGAAAUAGGUCAUUCAGCUCGAUGCGAUUGUGGUGAGCAAUUGGAUGAAGCUAUCCGAUUAAUGAAGGCGGAAGGCUCAGGUGUGGUAGUCUACCUGCGACAGGAGGGACGUGGAAUUGGUUUAGCGGAAAAGCUCAAGGCCUAUAACUUGCAGGAUCUAGGAUAUGACACUGUCACAGCCAACUUGUUACUGAAUCAUGGUGCGGACGAACGAACUUAUGAAGUUGCACAGGCAAUCCUUCGGGAUUUAGGUCUGCAGCAGAUCAGGCUUUUGACCAACAAUCCAGAUAAGAUUGAAAAGAUUGAAAGGAUUGAAGAACAGGGACAAGAACGGGGACAGGGUGCACUUGAUCAAACCAGGAUCAAGGUGGUAGAACGCGUCCCUAUGAUGCCCAAGUCGUGGGAGGCUAUCCACCAAGGUACUGAGACUGACUUUGAGAUUAAGGAAGGCGCUGUUGAGAACAAGGUUGUCAAGGGUAAAGAACUGGACAAAUAUUUGAAAGUCAAAGUCGAGAGAAUGAGGCACAUGAUCACUGUUCCAACAUCGCUUUGAGUUUGAUAGACUUUUCUCUUUUCAAUCAUAUCAUCAUGUAUUCUAUUGCC